CGGGCUGUCAUACGUUAACGGUGCGUUCUGCGGUGACUCAACUGCGUAGUCUACGGAAUUCAGACGAACUGUCGGCGAAUCGCCCGCUUACACGUAUCCAAUAGUGUCGUGAGAAGAAAAAAAGGAACAAAAUGACGCUCGUUUGGGGAAUCAUUGCAUCGUUUCUGUACGUGGAGCUCUUCAUCGUCCUGCUGUUGGUGCUGCCCCUGCGAAGUCCGCAGCAAUGGCACCGGUUCUUCAAGUCCCGCUUCCUGGCCAUGCUGAGCCGGCAGGCCCAGACGUACUUCUAUCUGCUGCUGGCCGUGCUGGUACUGUUUCUUCUGGAAGCCAUUCGCGAGAUGCGCAAAUAUUCGUCCAACGAUCAUACGCACACCGAAACCCACCUGAACGUCGAAAUGCAGCACAGCAUGCGCUUGUUCCGGGCGCAGCGUAAUUUUUACAUCUCGGGCUUCGCCAUCUUCCUGUCGUUGGUGAUCCGCCGCUUGGUGUCGCUGAUCAGUGGACAGGCCGUGCUACUGGCCCAGGCCGAAGCAUCAAUGAAGCAGGCUCAAAGUGCCACCAGUGCCGCCCGCAGCUUGAUGAACCAGCAGAAGGGUGACGAGAAACCGGACACGAAGACAAAGCCGGCGGCAGCGGAUGCACCGAAACCGAAUGUGGAUGAACUGAAGAAAAAGAUCACCGAACUGGAGCAAGAGCUAACCAAGGAGCGGAAGGAUAAGGAGGCCAUGAAGUCACAGUCCGAAAGCCUGAACCGCGAGUACGACCGCUUGACGGAGGAAUACAGCAAGCUGCAGAAAAAGAUCACCGUUUCCAGCCCCGACAAGAGUGACUAAGGACCCGGCGAGAGUCACCCGGUCACCGUUUUCUCCGUACCUCCAUUUCUUCAUUUAGUGUGUAACACGGUUCAUUGAUCGGUUCAUUUUCUCUUUCUGGUGGUUCUUAACGUAAGAAAUGAGUUAAGAAAUAAUCUGUGUCGCGUUUGGUUCAUUAGGAUGUAGGGCUGAAGAUGGUAUUUGCAUUUGGUUACGCACGCACUACGCACGAACAUGGCAGCAGAUUUGGGACUGACUCUAGGCUACAGCAAUGGAUACGACCGGCGGAAAGAGGGCGAAAGAAUUAACGGGAGUCAAACAAAAGGAUAAUUGGGGCGGCGGUUUGGAUAUUUAAUACUUCUCGGACCGGACUCGGAUGGGGUCUUUUCUCUAAUCCAUUUUCCCAGGAUGCUCCAUUAUAAUGACAUCUGAUUUGUACACUAUACUGAACCAGAAUAAACGGAAUAGAAAACCCG